CGAGUGAAAACAAUGGAAAGGGACUGAAAGGAAAGGGUGUAGUAGAGAGAGGAAAUGUCUCAUUGUGCUGCUUUGCUAUGCGAAGUUAAGAGUGCCAAAAUCAGCUCUUUGGUCCUGUAGUGAUACGGAAACACACGCAUAGCUUACUUUGCAGUGAGAGGGCUAAGACAGGAAGGAAAUGGGGAGAGACAGACACAGAGAAAGAGACUGAGAGAGAGAAAGAGAGACGGAGGGGAAAACAGCAGAUUAGGGUCACUGGGGUUUUCCACUGUGUAGGAUCAGAAAAGACAUGAGAAGUAGGUAGGGCAGAGUGAGGAGGGGAAACAUAACUGUAGUCACAGACCGUCCAGACAGCAGAAAGAGAGUCGAGAGAGUCAUAGAAAGAGAAAGGGAAAAGAGAGGGAGUACCUGAGUGAUGCUCUUUGAGCUGAGAUAAGUUUAACAGCCGUCAUUUCAAAGGCAGACCCAGGUUCAGAGGAGGAGUGUACAGAAAGACGCUCGUACAUAAUCAACACAAAGCUGGAGGACUUGUAAUCGCAUGGGCAACAAAUGGCUAAUCUGAAUUGCUCAAAAGACGAGUACCCCAAUGAAGCUGAUGGAUUAUGCUGUGAUCGCUGUGCUGCAGGACAGUACAUGAAAGAGAGGUGUGGCAGCGCACGGCCGAGGACAGUGUGUGCCAAAUGUGAGAAUGGGGGUUACACGGACACCGAAAAUUACUUGCCUAAAUGUCAUCAAUGCAAGACCUGCAGUCACAAAAACAACCAGAGGAAUCUGAUGGAGUGCACACAUAAGGCGAACGCAGUGUGUGAGUGUGUGGAUGGUUUCUACUGUAGCAAUGAUGAAUGUGACCACUGCCUGCAACUGACCUCCUGCCCUAAGGGUAAAGGGGUCGAGGUUCAAGCAACUCGCACAAAAGACCUAAUCUGCGCUCCCUGUCCAGGCGGGACCUUCAGCAACGUAUCAGAUUCAUCCUCACCCUGCCGACCACAUACCAGAUGUGAGGACUACGGAAGAGUGUUGAAAACUCCAGGAACACGAGACACGGAUGCCAUCUGUGGCGAAAUCAAAUGUAAUUGUCCCUGGAUAUUACCUGCAGGCCUGUGGUCAGGACUGGUGUUGACUGCACUUGUCCUGCUUGGUCUCAUCUGCUGGAGGGCAAAACGCAAGUCAUACAGAGCAGCUCGCUCCAGUGUUCCUGUCUCUCUGGAUCACAUGGUUCCAGCACCGUUCACUCAGCUGGAGCUGCCUUUACCAUUCACAGACCUGACCAGUCACUGCCAAGAAAGCUGCCCUGAGGACGGCUUCAAGUUACAACUAUUCAACUCAGAUGAUCAUGUGGUCAGUUGUGUCACACAAGACAGUGUGGGCAGCGUGGACAGCAACCAUCCUAUAACUCCACUGAACGUUUCAGUUUCUUUCAUCGAAUCCAGCCACACCAAUGGAUAUUGCACCAACUUCCACAGGACCCACUCAGAGCCACAGGAGGACGAGUGGGUGGGGACAUAAUCAAGUAAAUGUUUUUUGUAACGGGACACUGAUGAAGCUCAGAGUCCCUCUGCAGCUUGGAGAUGCUGUGACUACUUUUUAGACAUUUAACUGGACCUAUUUAUACCAAAAAACAAAAGAGUAGGGUUUCUUUUUUUAUAUUUCUUUUUUUAAGAGUCAAAUGUUGCUGGCAGUUUGCUGCCCCCUGCAGGACUUUAAUGAGAAGUUCAGCAUAAGUGGUAUUUCUUUUUUUUAAGAUUUUUUUGGGGCUUUUUAGCCUUUAAUGGACAGGACAGACAAGUGUGAAAGGGGGAGAGAGAGAGGGAGCGACAUGCAGCAAAGGGCCACAGGCCGGAGUUGAACCCAGGCCACUGCGGCAACAGCCUUGAACAUGGGGCGCCUGCUCUACCACUAAGCCACCGGCACCCCAUAAGUGGUAUUUCUGAUAUGCACUUAGAAUGAAACACUGGUGCAGCUCUGUACUUGCUUUCCCUUUGAUGUGAAUUAGUCUUUGGAGCUUCACGAGUGAAACCAGUGCUGUCCUCGGUUUUUGGCUACAGCUUAGUGGUGUCUAUGAAAGAAUGUUUCUGUAUUUUUCUUAUUUCAAUCAAAUCCCAUGAAAAGGCCAAAACCAAAAAUGAAUGUGUCCUUCCAACAAAUGUAUAUUCAAAGCCGGAUGUAGCUUAUUCCUUUGUGUAAUGGUGCUCCAUUGUUGUCAUCACCAUGAGCAUAGGCACUGAAGCUUAUCCUGCUGCUGUAAAUAUGCACUGUAUAUGUUGAUUAAUCCACAGCAGAAAGCAGCACCCAACAAAUACUCGUUUACCCCAGUUUAAGAAACAUUUGUGAAGACUACAAUACAGUACAUCUGUGGCUUUUUAAUGUACACAUUUAUAAGAACAAAUGGGCUCCCUGUCCUACUGCACAAAAACCUGCCUGAGAAUAUGUCACUUUGUAUUUAAUGCUCAAGGUUAAACUUGGUAAUUGCUCCCAGGACAAAUGACUCUGCAGUAGUCACAGGUAGUUAUCAGCUCUAGCUCGAAUUGGCUUUGAUCUGCAGUCAUAGACAUAUGACACCCAGGUGGGAAAGCUCAUUUUCACCCCUUUUCCAGCAUGAUACAAUGACACGCCACCACAAAAUACUUACCAAGCAGCACUCGUGCAUUGUUUUUAAAUAGUUGGCACAGAGUUUGAAAGAGAGACUUAUAAGUAACAGAUAAAAAAAAAGAAACUUUUCCUACACGUUUUCUAAAACAGAAACGAGAUAAUUGCUUUUCAAAACCCCUCCACAUCACCUCUUAUUGUGGUGGGGAAAGGGUAGGACUGCACAGGGAGGUCAGAAUUUGAGAGACGGAUGAACCCCUUGUUGGUCUUUUCAUGGGAUUUGCUGACAUUAAGAAAAAUAUGAGAGAUUUCCUAGCGCUUAUUCUUUAAUGUAUAUGAUGUCUUUUGUAAUUAUAAUUUAAAGGAAAACUAAUUUAAUUUAUUUUUUUCCAACCCCACUGACUCAUGUUGAGAAUUGUGCAUGAGAACUGAUUUAAACCAAGAAAAGUCUUCUUGUAAAAGUACAUUGUAAUGAGCAAUGAAUUUCAGUAUUUAUAAAACUAUGUACAACUUUUAACAUAUGCUGUAACACACACACACACACACACACACACACACACACACACACACACACACACACACACACACACACACACACACAAAAGUUGGAUAAUGAUGUGAUGAAUUAAAGAUGCAGCAGUGAUGUCCGACAGUGGAAUGGUUUGUUUAUAGCAUGGUGAAGAUAGAUGGUGCAAUAUGAAGAAGUAUGUAGGGAAUGUUUACACAAGUCAUUCUGUUCUCUUCUCAGUUAGUACCACCACACAGGAACAAUUAAGAUAUACAUGUCCAGUAGUUGUUUUUUUUUUU